GUGGGCGUCAGGUUGGUAGCACGCGCCAUAGUCAACGUAACCUCAACUUUAGUCUCAUUUAAUUCAAAAAUAUCUCAACAAAUCGAGCGAGAAUGUCCACAAGAUGGUACCCCAUUUAUCAAAGAGGGGGCCCGCAGUUGCGCGUCUUCUUGCCCAACUUUUGGCUCAAAUUGGUGCGCCCCACGCACGAACAGCCGCCUAACAUCGUCCAGUUCUCAUGUUCGAUGCAAAUGACCAAAUACGACAUUAGGAAUUAUUUAGAAAAAAUCUACAAUAUUAAGGUGGUUGAUGUGCGGACUCGGAUCGCUCUGGGGCCAACGAGACGCGUCCCGGCCAAGGGUUACGUGGUGAAAGACGAGGAUAUUAAAUACGCGUACGUGACUCUGCCGAAGGACGAGAAAUUCGUCUUUCCCGACCUUUUCCCAGUCGAUAAUAAAGCGAAAGAGGAGGAAGAGGCGACUAUUAAGCAAUCCAAAGAGGGUUUCAAACAAUUCCUCGAGAAAAACAAAGAGCGACCCAACAUGCCGGGCUGGUUUAGCAUUUAGUAGAAUUUUUUUGUAUAGAUUUCCAUAGUAAUAAGUUUGAUCAAUAAAGACAUCGAAAAACCGUCA